AUGGCGCAGAGAGUAGCAGUGAUCGGGGCCGGGCCCGCUGGUCUGACCAGCAUAAAGGCUUGUCUGGAUGAGGGCAUGGUGCCAACCUGCUUCGAGAGCAGCGAUGACAUGGGAGGACUGUGGAAGUUCAAGGAAGUGUCAGAGCCCAACAGGGCCAGUAUCUACCGCUCCCUCACGAUCAACAUCUCCAAAGAGAUGAUGUGCUACAGCGACUUCCCCAUCCCCCCUGAUUUUCCCAACUACAUGCACCACUCUAAAAUCCUGAAAUACUUCAGAAUGUAUGCGGAACACUUCAAACUACUGCGACACAUUCGCUUCCAGACCUCAGUGAAGAGUGUCAAACCGAGACCAGACUUUUCUCGGACUGGUCAGUGGGAAGUAGUUACUGAGAACAAAGACGGACGGGAGGAGAGGCAUGUUUUCGAUGCAGUUAUCUGCUGCUCUGGUCACUACACCUACCCUAACCUGCCACUUAAAGACUUCCCAGGAAUUGAGACAUUUGAGGGAAAAUACCUCCACAGCUGGGACUACAAGGGGCCUGAGGACAUGUAUGGGAAGAGGGUGGUGGUCAUCGGCAUCGGUAACUCAGGGGGCGACAUCGCUGUGGAGACCAGCAGAGUUGCAGAGCAGGUGUAUAUGAGCACUCGUCGCGGUGCCUGGGUCAUCCGACAGGUUUCAGACAAUGGGCUGCCAGUGGACAUGAAGUACAACACGCGUUUUGUCCACAUCCUGUUCCAGCUGCUGCCCAUCAGCUUCUUCAACUGGCUUGGUGAGAAGAAACUCAACGCCAUGUAUGACCACACCAUGUAUGCCCUCAAACCCAAACACAGGCUUUUCAGUCAGAUCCCAGUAAUCAACGAUGACCUGCCGCUAAAGAUUCUGUCUGGAUCAGUCGUCAUCAAACCAAAUGUGAAGGAAAUCCGUGGUUCCACUGUGGAGUUUGAUGAUGGCAGCAUUGUGGUAAAGGUGGAUACCAUUGUAUUCGCCACCGGAUACAACUACGAUUUCAACUACUUGCCAAGCAGCACUAUGUACAAAUCUGGGCACCGUGUGGGUCUCUACAAGCAUGUAUUUACCCCAAACCUUGAGCAUCCCACUCUGGCUGUUGUGGGUUUCAUUCACGCCCUUGGAGCCAUCAUGCCUCAGGCUGAAAUGCAGGCCCGCUGGGUUGCACGUGUAUUCAAACGUAGUAAAAAGCUGCCCUCAAACCAGGCCAUGAUCAAGGCUGUUGAAAAGGACACAAAGGACAUUGACAAACACUACAUCGUGUCAAAGCUGACGCCGCUUCAGGUGGACUUUGUUUCCUACAUGGACGACAUAGCUGGAGAGAUCGGAGUGCGGCCAAGUCUCCCCUGGCUCUUCUUCACUGACUACCCCUUGUUUAAGAGGGUUUUGUGGGGGCCUGUUACCGCCUACCAGUACCGGCUGAUGGGACCAGGGAAGUGGGAGGGAGCCCGGCAGGCCAUCUUCACCCAGUUCGACCGCAUGUACCAACCCUUAAAAACCAGAAAGACGGUGGAACAAGAGCCCUCCUUAGCUGGACGCCUGAUGAAGCUGAGCCUGACUAUGAUGGCUGGAGGAGCUGUCGUCUACUAUGUCCAUGUACGCAAUCCAACCACCAUCCCUGCCUUGCUGUCCAGCCUUCGUCCACAAACAGUCUGA